AUGCCUCAUCCUACCGUCCUCAUUGUUGGCACCACUGACACCAAGCUUGAUGAAAUCCUCCUUUUGCGAGACCGAAUCCUCGACCAAAAGCCUUGUCAGACCAAGAUACUUGAUAUAAGCCACACUGCGGCCAAGUCACCAGCCUUGGGCGAACUCCCCUCCCAUGAACUUCUCUCACCUCUCCGCGAGCAGAGCUCAGCCCUGAAGUCACUGCAGCGCGGGGAAUAUAUCAACAGGGCGAUUGAGAUGUGUCUGCCAGUAGUCAAAGACCUUGUCUCCAAGUCCCAGAUCCAGGGAAUCGUGUCGGCGGGUGGCAGCAGUGCUUCUUCUCUUGCUACAACACUAAUGCGCAAAGCAUGUCCGGUGGGUUUCCCCAAACUCAUGGUGUCGACAAUGGCAAGCGGUGAUAUCAGACACUAUAUUGAAGAAACAGACAUCACCAUGAUGUACAGUGUGGUCGAUAUUGCAGGCAUCAAUUCCAUCCUCGGGCGGAUCUUGUCGAAUGCAGCGGCGGCCAUCGCUGCCAUGACCAUAUCAUACGCAAAGUCUCUUGUUGAUGCAUCAGUGCCAGAGGCAAAAGGCAAGCGCAUUGCCAUUACCAUGUUUGGGAACACCACCCCUUGCGUUGACCAGAUCCGUCGUAUAUUGACGUCCACUCCGCACGACGUGUCGGAGCAUGAGAUCUAUGUCUUCCAUGCCACGGGUGCGGGCGGACGUGCGAUGGAGCGACUCAUAGCCGAGGGCCAGGUCGACGCUGUAAUCGAUUUGACCACGACCGAGAUCGCCGAUGAGCUUUUUGGUGGAGUUCUCUCCGCUGGCCCAGAGCGAUUUGAGAUGGCUGCUAAGAGGGGAAUCCCUCUGAUCGUUUCGGUCGGAGCAUGCGACAUGGUCAAUUUCGGCCCAAAGGAUACGGUACCCGAGAAAUACAAGGACCGAAAGCUGUUGAUGCAUAACCCGGCAGUGACAUUAAUGCGCACGACACCGGGGGAGAACAAACAGAUUGGCCAAUUCAUUACUUCCAAACUCACCACUCAUGCCACCAAUCCAAGUGCCGUUCGAGUUCUGUUCCCUCUGGGUGGAAUUAGUAUGCUUGACGCUCCCAGCAAGCCUUUCCAUGAUCCCGACGCAGACAACAUUCUGUUCCAGACCAUCGAGGAGGGCUUGGAGGGCUCCGGGAUCGAGAUCGAGAAACAUCAGCUGAACAUCAAUGACGAGCAGUUCGCUGGACAUGUUGCUUCUGCCAUUCUGCAAGUCAUGGGGAUCUCACCCAGGAAAUACAGGCUGGCCAAUGCGAGACGGCGAAAAUGGAGUUUUGACCAUGGUCCUAGCGUGAUGGCAGCGAGAAGGAACAGUCAGAUUGAGAUACCUGAUGCCGCUUGA